UUAUUAUUUUCUUUAAAAAAAUCAUAUAUUUUUCGUUUUCAUUUUCAUCUUGUACCGUGAAGGCUCUUCUUGCCUCCCGCUACUUUCCCUUUCCCGAUUAAUCUGCUCCCGAGUUUGUUCACUCAUCAAACCCUAACCCUAAUCCUCAUCCUCAUCACUCGAUUUAAAACCCCAUUCCCAUUGCUAUCGUGACAUCUUCCGACAAAUUUUCUCUCUGUCUUCCGUUUCGUUCUUCCAAUUUCAGGCAUGAAUCGUGCAUCGGUGUUCCGGUAGAGCAUAUGACGAGGGAGGUUAUCGGAACUGCGAAUCGAUUGCAUGGGUUUAGAGAAUGCCAGAGCUUCGUAGUGGUGUGCGACGGGGGCGUGGCCGUGGCCAGAAAGCAUCGGAACCUGCAAGGAAGGAGGUGAAGGCUCGUGCGGCGCCGAGAGGGAGACCCAGGACUCGAUUGGCGGCGAAGGAAUUGGAGCUUCAGGAGCCGUUGAUCCCGAUACCACCGACACCGAUACCGGAACCGUUGAUCCCGAUACUGGAGCCGGCGAAAGAAGAGAAAAAGGAAGUUGGUGUGGGCGUGAAUAUGGGUGACGAAAGCGGUGGCUUGAGUGGCAAUAAGCCUGAGGAGGAUGCCACCACUCCACCUUUUCCUGAUAGGGUUCAAGUGGGAGGAUCGCCCAUGUACAAGGUAGAGAGAAAAUUGGGUAAAGGUGGAUUUGGUCAGGUUUUUGUUGGCCGUCGUGAGCGUGCAACAGGUGCUGGAGCUAUGGAGGUGGCUCUGAAAUUUGAACAUAGAAACAGUAAGGGCUGUAACUAUGGCCCUCCUUACGAGUGGCAAGUAUACAACACCCUUGGGGGUAGUUAUGGAAUCCCAAAAGUACACUAUAAAGGAAGACAAGGAGAAUAUUAUGUGAUGGUUAUGGACAUACUUGGUCCAAGUUUGUGGGAUCUCUGGAAUACCUCAAGCCAGAUGAUGUCUUCUGAAAUGGUCUCAUGUAUAGCGGUUGAGUCCUUAUCAAUACUUGAGAAGAUGCACUCAAAAGGUUAUGUGCAUGGGGAUGUAAAACCAGAAAACUUUUUACUUGGUCAACCAGCUACAGCGCAAGAGAAGAAACUGUUUCUUGUUGACCUUGGAUUAGCAACAAAAUGGAGAGACACCUCCAGUGGACAGCAUGUGGACUAUGAUCAACGUCCUGAUAUGUUUAGAGGAACUGUUCGAUAUGCUAGUGUUCAUGCUCAUUUGGGGAGAACUGCUAGUAGAAGAGAUGAUCUUGAAUCUCUUGCAUACACACUAGUCUUCCUCCAUAAGGGCCGAUUACCAUGGCAAGGUUACCAGGGUGAUAGCAAAUCCUUCCUUGUUUGCAAAAAGAAGAUGGGGACAUCUCCUGAGACGCUAUGCUGCUUGUGUCCUCCUCCUUUUAGGCAUUUUCUUGAGAUUGUAGUGAAUAUGAAAUUUGAUGAAGAACCUAAUUAUUCCAAGCUAAUAUCUUUGUUUGAUGGUACGAUUGGACCCAAUCCAGCAUUGCGGCCAAUUAAUACUGAAGGUGCCCAAAAGGUUGGGCAAAAGCGGGGUAGAUUGAAUGUUGAAGAUGAUGAAUCACAGCCAAGAAAGAAGGUCCGUUUAGGGGUUCCUGCUACACAAUGGAUUUCAAUUUACAAUGCAAGACUGCCAAUGAAACAAAGGUACCAUUAUAAUGUGUCUGAUGCAAGAUUAGAACAGCAUGUUGAGAGAGGGGUUGCAGAUGGCCUUCUUAUUAGUUGUGUGUCUUCUUGUUGCAAUCUUUGGGCUCUUAUUAUGGAUGCUGGAACUGGUUUUACAGCUCAAGUUUACAAGUUGUCAACCUUUUUCUUGCACAAGGAAUGGAUAAUGGAGCAGUGGGAUAAAAACUUUUACAUUACUUCUAUUGCAGGGAGCAACAAUGGCAGCUCUCUUGUGGUGAUGUCAAAAGGUACGCAGUAUACUCAACAGUCCUACAAAGUGAGUGAAUCUUUCCCCUUCAAAUGGAUAAACAAGAAGUGGAGAGAAGGUUUUCAUGUCACUUCAAUGGCCACUGCUGGAAGUCGUUGGGGUGUUGUUAUGUCUCGAAAUGCUGGAUUCAGUAAACAGGUGGUUGAACUUGAUUUUCUCUAUCCAAGUGAGGGCAUCCAUAAACGUUGGGAUAAAGGUUAUAGGAUUACAGCAACCGCAGCUACAUUGGAUCAAUCUGCUCUUAUAUUAAGUAUUCCGAGACGCAAACUCAGUGAUGAAACUCAGGAAACUUUACGGACGUCACAAUUUCCCAGCACGCAUGUUAAGGACAAAUGGUCAAAAAACCUUUACCUUGCCUGUUUGUGCUACGGACGCACAGUAUGCUGAUUUCCAUGACAUUUUAAAGCAUUUUAUUGACAAGCGGAUUAUGAAUUGUCUACUGCCCAACAACCACAAAAGAUCUUUUUGUAGAAAGAAACUAAUUGUUGUGCCAGUAGAGAACCUUAUUUUGUUAUGUUAUAAGAUAAGAAUAUUGUUCUGUUCCCUCCCCUUCUAUUAUUAUAUGCUUUAUGGGACGGGGGGAAUGUUGCAGAGUAAUGAAUGGUGUUUAGCUUUUAUGUUCCUCCAUUAUGUAUAUGCAAGGUUUUAUAUUGUUUCUGCAUGCCGCA